AUGGCCUUAAGGUGGGUGGCGUUCCUUCUGUUUGGAGGGUAUAGUGCAGCGUUUGUAAGUACGAAGACCUGGACUGUGUCUCAAAGAUGUGCGGAGGAUACGAACACCUUCCUCUGGGAAAUUAAGCAGGACAGGCCACAGGAAUAUGCUGUUCUCAUGUAUGAUGCAUUUGGAAAGGUGGGCAGCAAUGUCAAAGGAGGUAAUGCCAACCAGCCUGGCCUGUUGCAGCAGUGUCGCUCUGCACAUGGUCCUGCCUUUUCUGGACAAUACUGCCAGGUGUUCCUCAGGCAGGGAGCAGUCCAGUACUUUGUGGGUGUUUGUGUUCCUGACACGUGUGGGGAGGAGGAUGUGCAAAUGCUGGCACUGUAUGGGAAACUUGAGUUCCGCAAGACGUCCCUCAUUCCUCCUUUACCUUCCAUCCUGGUCAAUCAGUCCACCCAGGAAAUGAUCAUGACCCACUGCUUGCCCAACACCAUCUCCCCCAGUGCAUCAGAUGUCACAUGUCUGUUUGUGUGUUGUGUUAUGGUAGCGAUACCUCUUGCAGCUACCCUGUUUACAGCUAUAAUAAGGUGGCAGCGUAACAAAGAGGUCAGUCCAAUAUCGGCGUCUUCCUGUUUAAACACUGGCCUCAAUGUUUAUGGGGCCCUGAAGACCAACGGCCCCUCCAGUAGCGAUAUUAAUAGUAGCACUUCAGAGGAAAAUAGCAGUCACAGCACCAGGCGCACUUCACUGUGUUUUGCUCGAAGCUGUGUGCACCGGUGUCUGCAGGCGUUUUCAAUACAGACCACCAGCCAGGGGGUCUUAAGCACCUCCUCAUCCAUCCCUGGAGGAGGUUACUCCUCCCUGAAUGGCAUCCGUGUUCUCAGCCUGUUAUGGAUCAUGUGUGGACACUCUGCACAGUUCCCUGUAAUAAACAAUCUGGAUAAUUACAAAAACUGGAAGACAACAGUUGAACGCAGCCCUCUGCAUGUGCUUAGCAUCAGCGGGCCUGUUUUUCUGGCUGUGGACACCUUUCUGCUGCUGGGGGGUCUGCUCAGUGCAAGGUCUCUGCUGGGCUCCGUGGAAAGGGCUGAGGACAAACUGAGUCCCAGUGUGGUGGCCAACUACCUCUUGAGGAGGAUCAAAAGGAUUCAACCUCUGCAUCUGUUUAUUAUGUGUCUAACCAUUGGCCUCAUCUCAUUGGUCCAGUGGGGGCCCUACUGGUUCCCAUUUAUAGAUGCAUUAAUGGAUUGUAAGUCCUACUGGUGGGCAAACUUACUGUUGAUUAGCAAUCUCCUCCCAGUCCACGAGAUAUGUAUACCUUGGACAUGGUACCUGUCUCUGGACUUCCAGUGUUAUGCCACCACUCCUCUGUUGGUCUAUUUAUACAGAUUACACAGGGGUGUGUUUGUGGUUGUCGCUGGAGGCCUCCUGCUGAUGACCACUGUGCUCAGUGCUGUGAUAACUGCACUCCUGCAGCUGCCAGUCUUUCAGCCGUCUACACUGACAUCCGAGAAUUACGUCUUGUAUUAUUACGUGAAGCCUCAUACAAGGUAUGGGCCAUUUUUAAUAGGGAUCUUGACUGGAAUAUACCUGACAACAAAGAAAGAAAAGCUAUUAAAGCAAAAGUGGCAGGCAGCACUUGGUUGGUUCUCCUGUCUGUCCCUCAUGGCUGCGGUUGUGGGAUUGGCGUUCAUCCUCAGGGAGACCCCAGCUCAUCCAUCUGUGCCGCAUGCCCUCUACCAGGGACUACACAGGCCGCUGUGGGCUCUGGCCGUGACCUGGAUCAUACUGGCCUGUGAGGAGGGAUAUGGAGGUUUUAUCAAGAGCCUCUUGUCACUGGGUUUCUGGGUUCCUCUUUCCAACAUAAGUUUCGCCUGCUAUCUGACACAUCCUGUCUUCAUCAUCCUCUACAUUGGCUUGCAAGAGACCCCGAUCCACUACACAGACAUCAACUUCAUGUACCUGUUCCUUGGCCACCUGGUGCUCACGCUGGUGGUCGGCUAUGUAUUUACUCUGCUCAUUGAGAAGCCAUAUCUCCUCCUAAAAGGGAGCAGUACAUAACAAGACAAGUCAGCACACAGAAGAUUUUAUCCAGUUAACACCCCUAAACUUAUAUUCUGUUUGUUUGUGCCUGUAAGCUAUAUGUCAGUGCUGUUGUCUAAUUCCGCUUUUGUAGAUAAUAA